AUGGAUAGUAAACCUUUGAUCGUAAAGGAUUGGUCGGUUGAAGCUGGCUUCAAGAUGGAGGAUGUUCUAAAAGUUCCCAUCUGGAUUAAACUUCCUGGGCUGAAGUUGAGAUACUGGAACCCCAAAACACUCAGCAGGCUAGCUAGUACUAUUGGUAAACCUCUGAAAAUGGAUGAGUUGACAGCCAAUAAAGAACAAGUAGACUUUGCUCGUUUAAUGGUUGAAGUGGAAAUCAAAGAACACCUUCCUGAUAAACUUUGCUUUGAGGAUGAGCAGGGGCCAGAAGGACUAUCAGACCACUGUCCUUUGGUUAUCAAGUGGAGUUACGCAGCAUGCAAUACGAAGAAAUGGUUUCGUUUUUUCAACAUGUGGUCAAAAGCAGAGAAUUAUCUUAGUUUGGUUCAGGGGGUUUGGAAUCAAGAAAUUGAAGGCAGUAAGCAGUUUCAAAUGAUCCAAAAACAAAAGUUGUUGAAGCCUCUUCUGAAGGACCUUAAUAAAACCAGGUUUGCUAAUAUUGAUCAACAAGCGCUGGCAGCAAAAAUUCAUAUGGAGGACCUGCAGAAAGCCCUACAGAUACAGCCUCAGAAUGUUGAGCUGCAAGAGAAAGAGAAGGAGGCAAUACAUCAGUAUGUGGAAUUGAGCUCACAGGCCUUUAGCUACUGGCAACAGAAGGCUAAGAAAAAUUGGGUUCAGCAAAGGGAUGAAAAUACGACCUUUCUCCAUGCAGUUAUAAGGAAAAAGCAGAAACGUAAACAAAUUUUUUCAUAUACAAAGGAGGAUGGAACAAUUGUGGAGGACUGGAAAGACAUUGAAGACCAUUUUCUAGGGUUUUUUCAAAAUCUGUUAGGUAAAGAAGAGCAGAGGGUGGCAGUAAAGCAGGAAGAUAGGAUGAAGGAUGUGCUAGUGCAAGGGAAAUGGAUAGGGAUCAGUUCUGGUGCAUACACGACAAAAUCUGGUUAUAUGUGGCUUAGAGGAGAAGGUAUGAGAAUGCAGGAAGCUGGUAUGAUCUGGAAUAAAUACAAUAUUCGUAAGCACAGUUUUAUCCUUUGGUUAGUUAUGAGGGGGAGGCUACUUACAUCAGACAGGUUACAGAAAUUGAAUAUCAUAAGUCAGCCAGUGUUAUGUGUUCUCUGCUCAGCUAAAGAGGAAAGCCUUGAUCAUCUAUUCCUUCAGUGCCAAUUCUCUAAAGAGCUGUUACAGAAUUUGAGAAGAUGGAUAGGCUGCCCUGUAAUACCCGACAAGAUCUCUGUUUGGAAGACUAGGCUGAGAAAUAUAUGGCAGAAGUGUAAAUGUAAACAGAGAGUGCUUUUCAGUUUGUUAGCAGCAGCCAUUUACCAGAUUUGGAAGGUGAGGAAUGAAGUCCAGCAUGGCCAGAAAUUGAUGGAAAUUGGAGUUGUGGAGGAACAGAUUAGACAAAUGCUGAAAUGGAGGGUGAGUGCUGUAUUUCCAGAGGAGGAUAGGGUCAAUUGGGUGCAACAAUGGCUUUUCGGAGUAGCUCAGAAUUGGAAUCAAGAAUUUAGGUCCGUGAAUCAUCAUUUUUCUUGGGAGGAAUUUUCCGAGGGUUUUGUCCGUCGAUUUGGCGUUCAUGACAUGGAUUCGCUGGUGAUCGGUUCGUUCGAUUGGGAGGAAUUCAGACGCAAAUUGCGGAAGGAGUUGGAAGACUGUGUCAACAAAUUUUUUGAGUCGCUCAAGAAGCCUAGCUUGGAUUUUGAAAAAGCUUCAGUGGAGAUGAAUAUUUGUACUUCGGAUUCUGAUCAAGAUUCCAGUCAAGAAUUCUCGACCGAUCCGAAAACACAAAAGCAGGGUAAUUCCUUUUUUCAAGAAAUUGAUAUUUUGGUUUCCGUUGAAGAAUUCAAUGAUGAUUCUGUGAUUUUUGAUGCCGUUAGUAUUGAAAAAGAUGAUUUUAGGAUUGAGAUGUUUCGUGAUGAUUAUGAAUCCAUGCAAGAGUCUUUGGUUUUUUGUCUUGAGUCUGAAAUGGUUAAUGACGAAUGUCUUGGAAUGCUUGUUGGAAAUGCUAGUAUUUGCCUUGGUGCUAAUGACUCAUUCAUUGAUAGUUCUCUGUUCUUAGUCACGACCAAGGGUGACACUGCAAAAUUUAGUAGAGAUGUACCUUUUGUGGCCAGUGUUAGUUCUUGGAACCAAAAUGCUGUUAAGGGAAUUAGUCUUCGCAAUUUAUGGGAAGAUCAGGGUAAGUAUCAUGAUGAGGUUCCAAAAGUUUGGGCAGUUUUGGUGUCAAGUUUUGAAGGUGGCACUGUUAUCAGAAGAUCACUUAAACUCCAACUUGAUGACUUCAAUACUGACAUGAUAGACUUUAAAGUAGUUCAUACAUUUCACAACCUGGAGGGUAAGGUUGUUUCCAAGGAGGGAGGAAUUGCGAUAUGGAAAAUAUGGGAAGUUAAUUUGUUAUUGCUGUUAUUGGUUGUUGCUGCUGAGGAGACUUUAAACUUCGAGGAGCAGGCUGAUUUUAAAAAGAUGGCAUUGGCUGGAUUGCAAUUGUGGAAAUUGGUGGUCAGAGAGUUGGAAGUGGAGCUUUUCACCUACAAGGAAGUACAAGACUUGGUGAUCUUCCUUGAAGAUGAAAUGAUGGUGCUAGCUGCAAUGGUGUUUUGA